UGGGAAGUCGACGGCAUGGAUUCGAUUCCGGAAGCGCUGCACGAUGUACGGCCCGCGACGAAGUCACAGCCUCCUAUUUAUACGAGAGAAAGAACGAGAAAUGAGCAAGGAGGAGGAAUUAGGCAUUUUCGCCUCGGAGCGCGGAGAGGAGAAGCCGGAGAGGCGAUCCCUCCCGCGGUUCUCGACGCCCCUCAUUCCCACGCUAUUCUUCAGGUUUUCCUCUUCCAUCGAAGAAGAGUGGUGGUUUCUUGUGGGAUUUGUGGUCCGACUCAGUUGUCGACGGAGUUUUGGUUCGCCCCUGCGCUUGCUUUUCGUAGAAUUUACAAUACAGAAAUGGUUGCCCAGGGGUUCUCGGUUGACUUGAACAAGCCUCUGGUUUUCCAGGUUGGUCAUCUUGGGGAAGAUUAUGAGGACUGGGUUCACCGGCCCAUCGUUACCAAGGAGAUCCCACGAUUCUUUGCAAAUGGCUUCAUGGAGUGCUUAACGAGAACAGUGUGGUGGGUUGUUCCAGUGAUAUGGCUCCCAGUUGUUUUCUGGUGUCUGACCAUCUCUAUUCGAAUGGGCAACACACUCCCUCAAUUGGUCCCACUGGUGUCAUCAGGAAUUCUUCUCUGGACCAUGAUUGAGUAUUCUUUGCAUCGCUUCCUUUUCCACAUGAAAACAAAAGGCUACUGGGGAAACACAAUUCAUUAUCUGUUUCAUGGAUGCCAUCACAAGUACCCCAUGGACGGACUGCGCCUUGUUUUUCCACCUGCUGCAACAGCCAUCAUAUGUGUGCCGUUCUGGCAUCUGCUGCACCUACUCACGGCUCCAUCAGCUGCGCCUGCCGUGUUUGGAGGUGGCCUGUUGGGAUACGUUAUAUAUGACUGCACCCAUUACUACCUGCAUCAUGGACAUCCAUCCAAACACCCAGCUAAACACCUGAAGCGGUAUCAUCUAAACCAUCACUUCAAAGUUCAAAACAAGGGGUUUGGAAUAACUUCUUCACUCUGGGACAUCAUCUUUGGCACAUUGCCACCAGCAAAAACCUCUCAUCAGAAAAACUGAUUCUUUUGGACAAUGCAAGAAUAGCUUGUAAUUUAUUGAGAUUCCCUACUGUUCUCUUUGGUGGUUCCUUUUUUUUUUCCUGCAUAUCCCAAAUAAAUAAACAUUGCCCUCCAAUUCUUUCCUUGGAUACAUCACAGAUCAGUGCCCUUGAUCAUCAUGUAUUGAGGACAUUAUUUGAUGAAAGCUACCUUAUGUAUUAAACUGGUUUAUAUGGAAACAUGAGUUUUUAAUUGGUCAGUAAUUUGUUCAUUGUCUGCAUCCUAAUCCAACUCUUCAUCAUGCAGAACUCUAUCUUCAACUUUUCCUGUUAAGACACUGUACAGUGAUGAAUGUCGUGUUUAGCAGAGGUGGAAAGGAAAAUAAAAGAAUCAAAAUAGAAGAUGUGUAUAAGCUGGUCGAAUCAACAAGUGAAAAUGAGGCUUAAAGACUAGAAAGAUUUUUCUUGUUAUGAGUGGAGUACUAUAAAUCCUGUAAUAAGUAUUACGGCAAAGAUUGUGACACUCAGUGAGAAGAUUUCUUGUCUUGUGUUAUACGUAACUUGCAAAUGUUAUUACACAUCGC